AUGUUCAAGACUGGACGAGCACCGACCUUACCACCCGAGAUUGACUUUUCGAAGCAGCUCAAGGAAACGUCUUUUUAUCGAUAUGGACAUCUUCGACCUCUCGGUUUGACAGGCGAGGUGACAGCCUUAGCCGUUGAUCCGCUCUUGUCCCUCUUCGCCGUGGGUACCUCAUCAGGAUUGGUACACGUCUAUGGUCAAGCUCCAUUCCAAUUUACCUUACCUGUGUCGACCAUCUCAUCUUCUGGUCCAGCAGCAUCCAUCAAAUUUCUUUUCUUCCAUCCUGGUCAUCAUAGAUUGAUCGCUAUCGAUAACUCAAAUACAAUCCAUACCUUUUCACUACAACAUAUGACGGAUCACCCCAACCCCCUUACCCAUCCACCUCUACCGCUGAAAGAAAUUAGUUAUACCCUUUGGGGAACAGUCACGAGCGUUGAUCAACCCCUACCCAGCCAUACGCAUUUAUUUUUCACGAUCAAAGAUGGAACUACUUUAACCUGGGACCUGAGUAGGAGAGGAUUGGGUAAUUGGAAGAUUGGGAAUUGUUGGGGAGAUUAUGAGGCUAGGAUGAUCAGGAGUGGUAUACCAGGUAGAAGGAAGACCUUGGGAGGCCCCAUGGCUACAUGCAUCGCUAUGAACCCUAGAGACCUCAAUAUCCUUCUGAUAGGAUACGAAGGAGGAGUGGUAUCGUGGGAUAUGCAGAAGAACGAGGUUGCCAAAACAUUCGAAAUGACCUUACCGCCUGGUGCACCUGGAGGAGGAUCCUACCAAGAUGCAGACGGAUCAUUAUGGACCGAACGUACACCCUCUGUCACCUCCAUCGCAUGGAGACCUGAUGGAUUGGUAUUUGCCGUUGGACACGCAGAUGGAUGUAUAGCAUUUUGGGCUUAUUCCGAAUCCGACAAACCAUUAAUGGUCCGAACGAUCACUCAUGAAGAUGUGAAUGUCACCGAUGCCGAAUCGCUCUUCGAUGCUGGAGCGUUGGACAACCAACUUAGAAAGGUCGAAUUGGAUCCUCAAGGAAACGAGAUACCUACUGCGGUCGCAGCCAAUAGAGAGCCGAUCUUCAAAUUGUCCUGGGCCGGUUUCCCAGAUCAAACUGCUUUGAAAACUCAACUCGCUGCUCAAGGAGCAGAUCCAUCCAUCGAACCCAUCUCAAAUGCCACGGUGGAUUAUGCAGAAAGAGGAGAAACAUUGCUGUUGGUACUGGGUGGACAAAGUCCGGGUGAAAAGCCUGGAAUCAACAUCUUACAAUUCCCAGCUUACAAACCACCUCUUUUGAGAAGAGGUACAACACCUCAAUCACCCUCGGAAAGUAUGCCUCUACAAGAACGAUAUGCCUAUAGGGAUUCUCUAGCACCGACGGGAAGUUCCAGCUAUCUUACGAAAACCCCACCUGAAGAUUUCAUCUUGUUACCUAGAUCCAACCCUUACUUCAACCUCAGUCACGAUCCCAUAGCUAUCAUCAUCUCUUUAACACCGGAUGCGAACUUACCUCAAGUCACCCAGCCCACCGCUCUGAGAGGAUUGGAAUCUUGGGUUUUUCCCCCACCCAGAUCCGCUGUGAUACCUCCUUCACCUGGACGCAAGAAUUAUGUCUUACCUGGAGAAGGCGAGAAACUAGUGGCUAUGACGCCCGCACCUACUUUAGGUACACCUUCAACCUCCACUCCGAGAAGUGGUAGUUUCUCAGCUGCAGGAUGGAGAUUACCUUGGACUUCGCCUAGUGCUUCGCCCGUACCUUCCCCAGCGUUGAGUAUACCCACACCCGAUUCGGUGUACGGUACCGCUCCACAGAAACGUAAAGCCCGACGACAACUUAGAUUACCAUCUUCCCUAUGGUCAGGUGGAUUGAGCGUAUUGGGUAUGGAGAUGUAUUCUCUCCCUACGCCGACAUUCAAGCGAUUGAUCAGCUAUGCGAUCGAGCAUGCAGGACGGGAAGAUAUACCUCGAUUACCCAUCUAUGGUGGAAUGGCCGUACCGGACUUACAAUCUCACGGAGCACCCGAUGUCAAAGUAGCCAAAUUGGAGAGUUAUCGAAUAUUCAUCACUUUCCAUUCGGAUUGUACAAUCAAAUUCUGGGACGCUUCACCUCACUUAUUACUUCUACCUACACCUUUACGAUUCGAAUAUCCUAUGCCACUCCCUCACUUGACUAUUUCCAUUGGAGAUUAUCUGAAACAUCCCGAUGUAACUCAUUUGCCUUUAGCCCAAUUAUGGUUGAAUGACCGUACAAAAGUUCGAAUCAAAUCUGUUCAUCUGGCUAAAGAGGCUUUGGAAUGUGUCAUUACAUUUUAUACUGGUGAAGUGAUAGUAACCAAGUUUGCUGAAGCUAAAGGAUCUCCUGCUGGAAAUAGAGAAGAUGAAGUUGAAGAAUUAGACGAUGGUCAUGAUAAUGAGAAUCACGAUUCAGGUUAUUUCCCUUCGAUGUCAUCUUCGCAAUCUCAUGGAGGGAUUGAUAACAAUGGAUGGGUAGAGGAAGUAUUGGAGAUUGGACACUUGGCGAAAUAUAAGAAGGAUGGAUUUAAACCUGUUGCCAUAUUCAGUAUGAAGAGGGGUGAACCGAUUUGUACAGCUGUUUCGGAUAUAGGAUUCAUCGCUAUUGCCUUUGCAUCCAAGACACUGGCGAUCAUCGAUAUGCGUGGACCUGAUGUAAUUCUUCGAGAAGGAUUCAACGAAGAUGGUGAACAGAUGAAAAAGAAGAAGAAGAAGGGCAACGUGCAGAAUGUGUUGGGUGAACAGUCUGUAGUGGGUGCGAUGAGAUGGGUAGUAUCUGGAAUGGGAGCGGACCUCGUGAAUCGACCGAGACUUAUUGUCUCCUAUGCCAAGGGGAUGACCAAGAUAUUUGUCUUGAUCAAUUCAUUAGGAGAAUGGAUAGUGGAAACUAAACCACCCACAUUCACUAAUGAAUCUCUGGCUGGACCCAUCGCUUCGUUCGUACUAGAUCCAGUCAAUGGAAAUGAGCUUUCUCCUUCGUCCGAAUCGCUUCAAGCGGCUAUGAGAGAUCAAAAAGUACCCGAUAAUCAUGGACAUGGUAAAUCAAAAGAAAUACCUGUACACUGUUUAUGGAUAGCAGCAUCGAAGAAAAGUAUACGAUGUGCGAUCAAUUUCAAUGGUGAUAGAGUGGCAAAGGUUGAGUUGGAUGAUGAAGAAUUGAGUGAUGUUUUCUAUGUUACCAGACAUGGUCAAAAAGUCUUGGUAGCUGUUACGACAACUGGAUCGGCACAUUUCUACUCUGUACCGUAUUUGGAGUAUAUAACCCGCGUAGAUUUAUACUAUGGGACUGAGGGCCGCCCCUCAGGUAGAUUAUCGAUGGAUGACCGAUCGGGCGAUUUCAUCGAGUACUCCGGUCCGUUAGAUAUCAACCUACGUACUUUCUUCCAUUUCCGAAAACCUUUCCCACCGAGAUUAGACCCAUGUGCCUUGAAGCGAGUUGUUCCUGCUCAGCCUGUACCGUUGAAUGCUGCUUCGAUGGUCGGUGGGUGGAUAUGGGGUGGAGCACCUUUGACUGGAGCUCAGCUGGACAAUCUGAUUGCCGGUCCAACAAGACCACCUCCACCGAAAGUCCCACCUCCACCACCUAAACCCCUUAUCACAUGGGGUAAACCACCUGACGAAGAGGAGGUUAAACCUACUUUGACUGCAUCGACUGGAGCGAUGCCGAAACGAACGGCCGUACAGAAGCAGAAAGCUCCGACGAGAGACGCGAGGGAAAGGAACGAUGUGUACUCUGAAAUGACAGAUGCAGCCAAUCUACGAGGGAACUAUCUUGACGGACUGAACGAUUCGCUCAAUAACGUUUCGGCAAGUGCGUCUAACUACUAUAAUCAAGCUCGAAAUGCGGCGAUGAAGGAAGCUGCCAAAUCAACUGCUAGAGGCGUUUUUGGGAAACUAUUAUAG